UCUGGAUAUGAAGAAAAAUGUAUCAGGCACUAGGACCCAGUCAAGUGGAGAGCAGGAAUGUAGGGCUUGGGCACCUGACCUUCAGUUGCUGUCUGCUGAAAGAAACCAUCUAAAACAUCUACCAAGGGGAUUGCGCUGCCUGAAGUGCCUGCAGAUUCUUCACCUGUCUUAUAACCAGAUACCUGCAAUAGGGCCUUAUGACUUGACCAACUCCACUAGUCUGAAAGAGCUCCAUCUCCAUCAUAACUGCAUCAAAAGCAUUCACUUACAUGCCUUUAUUGACCUGAAACAGCUGGAGGUAACAUCUCAAAACUAUUACACAAUUUCACCUGUUUGGAAGUGUGCGCCACCUAGUGGGAACUUACAAUUAAACCAAUACCCUCGUGUAAUUUGGAUUUGUUUUUAAACUUCUAAAGCAUUAGUACACCGAAUAAUUAAAAAUGAGCUAUCUUACUCACUCUCAGGCCAUCCACGAUUUUUAUGACACUGUUUCUUUAGUAGAACAGCAGAUUUUAAAAAUGGUGAUUGAUAAGAUUCAAGUCCACAGGUGCCUUGUCUGUAACACUCAAAAAAGCAGAUAGAAGCAACACAAAAGUAAUCCUCGCAGCUCCUGAUGAUAUGAAGAGAAACAUUCACCUGUGCAAGAAACUAAACAUUCACAAUGUCUUGAUCAUUCCAGGUUCUGGAUCUGAGCUAUAACCAGCUGGCCACCAUACCUGUUCCUGCCUACCAGUCUUUACGGAGCCUGAAUGCUUUGGUGAACGUCUCCUUCAACAGAUGGACGUGUGACUGCAACUUGAAGGCCUUGAGAAGAUGGAUAAGUUUUGAUACCGAAGUGGGUGAUGAUUCCUGGAAAGUAGUGUGUGAUUCUCCAUCGCAGCAUGCUGGGAAAGAUCUGCUUCAUCUGAAAGACUCAGAUCUCACUUGUCCAACACAUAACUACAGCACAUCUGGUCGCUAUCAUAACAUGCUUGUGGAUGAAGGGGCGCAGAUAUUAAUUUCCUGCCGCAAUCACAGUCAAGAUUCCAUGCAAGUUCAUUGGUGGACCCCACAUGGCCAAGUCACAGAACCCCAACCACAGCUUCUAAUUAAGGACAUCACAGAGCAGCAUGAAGGACUUUAUAUAUGUGUUUCAGGUCUCCAAGGGGAGCACAUAUCUGUUUUUGAUAUACAAGUUUACACAAAAGCCAGUGACCACAGACCACGGCGAGAAGCACCAAUUAUCCAGGAUGAACAUGUUGAGCAAGACAAUACAAAUGUGCCCAGGAAUAACCCUUUGGUACGACAAGGAACAAAGACCCAGUCAGAAUUUGUUACUGCUGUCUGCCUCUCUGUCUUCAUCACAUUCAUUGUGGCUUUUAUUCUUGGUGUUCUUUUGAGACCACUUUUAGACAAAUUAUGGAGGAGAAUACGAUCGAAGAAACAAUCCAGUCCAUCACCAACAACAUCUAGAGCUUCUUCCACAGAGCCUCAGCCAUAUGUGAAUGAAGGGUAUUCUGAUGCAGGUGACCAAGAACGAGUCGCAAGAGUGGGAUCAAGAGUUACAUUUGGUGAAAUCACAGAAGUGGGGGAUCAAGGAAGUAACGUGCCUUACUAUGUCACCGUAGAGGAUGUCCAUUCAGAUGGCUCCUCUGAGAGCAACACAGAGGUUGAGAAUGCAUAUGAGCAUAUAGAGAAAAAUAAACAGUCUGAAUGGAGAGAGCAGGCCCCUGAGAUGGAUCAUCACAGAGGAAGAGCAAACAGCAUCAGCAGCAGUUCAACACAGGAGGGCGAAGUGAAUGUUUUGGUAACAAACAAUAAAACACUGGCACCCAACUCAAACACAGUCCUGGAAUUUGAGCCAAUUCCUGAUGGUGAUGUUUACCAACCAAGCAGACGGAGCAGUAAAUCAUCAUCAUCAUCAUCUUCUUCAUCAUCAUCCUCUCACUCAAGACAAAUUCAGAUUGAAAACUUUUCAGGUGAAGUUCGGGAAUUCAUUGAACAAAGCGUUGACCCUCCUGCUGUCACUGUAUCUAUCACUAAAACAACAACAGAGGAUCCAUUUCUAGAACUUAUGAAAGAGUCAGGGUGGCCAGAAAGUUUGACAGAACAGAAUGUUGAUGAUUUGGACACAGAAUUAUGGAAUGACAGUGGAGAGAGUUUUUCUUUCAACGAAGAGUCUGAAAGAGAUCUCUCCAGCUCUGCUUUAGGGAACCCGGUAGAUGACGAAGACACAUGGAGGCAAGGCAACAUAGAAUCACCCACCUUCAAAUUAAACUUUAAUUCACAUGUGACUGGGGUUGACAUACCAUUUGGUAAAGAAGUUUCUGUUGAUGAUGUAAAGAAGCGUGACACAUUAAGCUCCUCUAGUUCGAGUAAAAGUGAUGAUAGUGAGGGACCAAACAGUUAUACUGUAAAUCCAGAAUUACAGGAGCAAUCUGAGAUCUUAAAGGAAUCAUACAGGAAAACAGAUUCAGACUGGACUCCUGAAAAUGCCACUAGAGAUGACAAGUCACAACCUGGUGCUGGUAUUUUUAUCAGACAAGAGACCAUCACCUUGGACCCAUCAGACAUACAUUUGACUUUUACUCAUGAAGAAAGUGUUGAUGAGGGUAUGCAUAUUGAUGACACUCCGAAGAUAAGUGAAGGUGUAUUUGGUAGCUGGGCAAAUGUGUCUGUCGAUGCCGUUCCAAAGGUUAAGCGAUAUGUUCAAUUUAAACAGUCCAAACCUCAAUCCUCAUCUCUGCCAUCAUUGUCUCCUUCCUCAACAAAAAAGAAUGUCGCACCUGAGAUAGAGGUGAAAACAGAAGCUAAAGUUGACUUUAGUUACUUAACACAAGUCAAGGUAUCUGUUGAAGAAAUUCCAAAAGUAAAAAGAUACAUUCAUUUUAAGCAAUUCAAACCUCUUUCUCCAAUUCUUACACCAUCACCUUCCUCAAUCAGUAAAGAUGUUAGGGUGGAGGCAAGAAGAUCUAGCACAUCAUCAUCUGAGGAUGAAGGAAAACUGACCUUUGAGGAAGAUAAAUUCUUCGGAAAAAGAGGUAUGUCCUCUGAUGGACUUCCAAAAGUAAAAAGAUACAUUACAUUUAAGCAAUUUGAACCUUCAUCUCCAAAUCUGUCAGUUUCCAGUCCUUCACCUAAAAUUGAGGCCACGACAAAGGUUGAUAUAUUGGGACAAAUACCUCUGACUGAUCAGAGAAAUCCAUCAAAUUUCAGUCCUGAUGGACUGCCACUAUACCAUGUGCAUCCUACCUAUAGGAUAAAUCAAAGCACACUAAACAGAGACUGUGACACUGAUCGAUCAAGUAGUGAGAGUUCCAGUGAGGAUGAAGAUACAUUUUUAGCAUUCCCAAGAAAACUAGAGUUUAAAACAGAACCUGAGAUUAAAAGAGAACUCGUCACUUCAGACAAAAAUACAGAUACAGUGCUUAACAUUGACUUUGAUAACUCCUCCAGCAGCACAGAUGUACUUGAGAAGAAACAACUUAAAGGUCUAGCAAGACUAAAACUGUUAGGUACUAGAUUAUUUAACAGGCGUGAAAAUGAAACUGGGUCAACUGGAGAAGCUCUUGAUCUGUCUUACAAAACACACUCCAAGUUAACUGAGGACACGGUCCAACAAACCACCAAAGAGGACAGUUUCUUUGCCGAUAUUGGAUUGUCUUUUGAUCAGUUAAAAAGACCUACAAAAUCACUUGCGUUUACUAUCUCUGAUCCUCAAUCACCAGACCAAUUCUCAUCUUGUCCUGCAGACAAGAGAGGAAACACACACGAGGAAAGGGCAGAAUUCAAAUCUAGAAAAUCCAGCUCAAGUUCCUCAUCUGAGGGAGGCAGUAUCAGUUCUCAGCAUGAAGAGCACAUUAUCUUGAGAAAGAGUUUAUCGCAUGAUCACCUACCUAAAGUCAAGAGAUACCUUCAGUUUUCUCAUUCUGCUCCUCAUUAUAAAGCCCAACUGUCAUCUCCUCCUUCAACCACCGGGGUUGUCACAGCUGACUUGAUAGCAAAGACUGAGUCAAGGAGAUCUAGUUCCUCAUCUGAGGAUGAUGUCAAAUCUACUGAAGGUGAAAACUUCUACGGACUUCCUAAAGUAAAAAGAUACAUUGAAUUCUCACGCACUGAACCAUCUUCAACGACACAUCAAGUCAGAAAACAAAGCAUUCCACCAAAAGUAGUGGCACCACCUGUUACCAGGAGGUCAAGUUCAUCAUCAUCUGAAGAAGAAGUGGUGGAGAAAAGUUCAAGCACACCUGUCAAGUCAAAUGUCGAAUCUGAUCCUGAAGGAGACAAUUUCUUUGGGCAAAUAGGUGUGUAUCUUGAUACAGUACCAAAGGUUAAUCAGUACAUUGAAUUUACACAGUUCAAACCUCCUUCCUCAAAUCGGCCAUCAUUGUCUCAAUCCUCAACAAAGAAAAAUGUCACACCUGAGAUAGAGAUGAAAACAGAAGCUAAAGUUGAUGCAUCCCCUGGGGAAGCCAGUUACUUAACACAAGCCAAGGUAUCUGUUGAAAAAAUUCCAAAAGUAAAAAGAUACAUUCAUUUUAAGCAGUCUGAACCUCUUUCUCAAACUCAAAAACCACCACUUUCCUCAAUCAAUAAAAAGGUUAUGGUGGAAGCAAGAAGAUCAAGCACAUCAUCAUCUGAGGAUGAAGGAAAACUGACACCUGGGGAAGAACGGAAAAUAGGUGUAUCUUCUGAGAGAGUUUCAAAGGUGAAGAGAUAUAUUGCAUUUAAACAGUUGGAACCUACUUCCCCAACUCUGUCAGUAUCCAGUCCUUCAACAAAAACUGAGGCCACAACUGGAGCAGUGUUACAAUCUUCGCAGUCCAGCAGCUUAUCUGAAGAUGAAGUCAGUCCUACACCAAAGGAAAGGGAAUUCUUUGGCCAAACAGGCGUUUCUUUAGAAAGACUACCACAAGUAAAGAGAAAUCUUCUAUUUAAACAACAUGUGCCUUAUCUCUCAGUUGUACCACCCACUACUACCUUGAAUACAUUACCUGAGAAUAUAACAAAAGUAGAAUCAAGGAAACUGACCACUUUAUCUGAAGAUGACGAUGUACCAACUGCUCAAGAAGGCAAUUUCUUUGGGCAAACGGGAGCAUCUCUUGACAGAAUACCAAAAGUUAAGAGAUAUAUUAAUUUCACACAGCCUGAAAAUCAGUUCCCUGCUCCAUCGACAACUUCUCAAAGAGUCAACAAAUCUGUUGUAGUUCAUGAAACAAGAAAAUCAAGCACUUCAUCUGAGGAUGUCAAACUAUCUACUAAUGAUGAUAAUAUGACUAGAAAAACAGGUGAAUCCUUUGUAAAAAUCCCAAAAGUAAAGAGAUACGUUAAAUUCACACAAUCUGAAGAUUCCCUGGGUCUGCCGUCUGUAAAAUCCAUAAAGGUGACAGAAACCAAAUCAGCUAAGAAUGAUGUACAACCAGCCACCAGUGAGAACACAACAGAAUCAAGGAGACUGAGCACUUCAUCUGAGGACGAUAUCACAUUAACUGCUACGGAAGACAAUUUUAGAGGGCAAACAGGAAUAUAUCUUGAUAGAAUACCAAAGGUCAGAAGAUAUAUUCAUUUUACACAGCCAGAACAACAUUUCCCUGCUCAUUCAUCCACUUCUCAAAGUGUUGGAAUGUCUGGGAGAAUUCAAGAAAUGAGGAAGUCAAGUACUUCAUCUGAGGAAGAUGUUAAACCAUCUAGAAAUGAUGGUAAUAUGUCAUACAGACAAAUUGGGGCCUCUUUUAGUCAGCCACCAAAGGUGAAAAGAUACAUUGAGUUCAAACAACAUGACCCCUCUUUCCCUGACAACUCCUCAGUUGAGGAUAUCAAACUCAACACAGCACUCAACAAGUUAUCUAUGACUUCAAUAAAAACAUACUCUACACCUAAAGCAAAGGCAGGUGUAGAAACAAGAUGGUCCAGUUCAUCAUCUGAGGCAUCCCCUCCUGGCUCACUGAAAAAAGGAUCUGCUCUGGUAAGAAAGACUGGAUCUGAUUCACUGAUGUCUGCAUUCCCUUACAAACACAACAUCACAACAAAACAGUAUAUAGUAGAACAGACUGGACUAAAACCAGAAUUGAAGAAGUCAGGUUACUUCUCCAGCACCAGCAGAGAUUUAGUUGGACAUGUGGUUAUGGAUGUACCACCCCCACAAAACAAUCCACCAGCAGUUCCACAAACACACCCACCUUCCUACCAAGAACUAGAGGAUGCCAGAGAGUAUCUAAGAGAAAAUUCUGAGGUGCGUCAAAGGCAAGAACGGAGGCGAUUACUUCAGCAAAGAAGAAAGGCAAUGGAAGAGUUUGGCAUUACCUCUCUGUCCUCCACCACACAAGAGGGUAUCAAGCAGGAUGGUGGCUCACAGGUGGAUUAUGGCAGUGCAUCAACAGCAAAUACAGUCGCAUACAGACGCUCAGAAGUAGCUGAAGUCCCGGUUUUGCAGGGUCUUAAAACUAAGAAUAUCUCAGCACACAGAUCCAAGUCACCGGUAGACUCUGUAAAUACAAAAUAUAAAGAAUUUUUAAUUUAGAUUUAAGAAUGUAAUGUAAAUGAAUCCUUAAAAUGCAGGCUUUGUAUAGCUAAGGAGUGUUGGAGUGGGACUGUACUGUAAAUACACUUGAUAUAGUUUAUCUAUUAUGCUAAACUGUCUGAAUUUCAUAUGUUCUGUACACUCUGUAUUCUCGUUUUGUGCUUCACAAUGCCACAGAAUAACCAUUUUUGAAUGUAUGGUUCCAUAAGGAACCUUUUACAUCCAAAGAACCUUUCUGUUCCACAAAAUGUCAUUUGUAGUGGAAAUCGUGUUCUGUAGUUUAUAAAAAAGUAAGUUAUGGUUCUUUGGGCAAACAUAAAUGGUUCUAUGGCAUUAAGAGCGUAUUAAAUAUUAAUAAAAGAGUAUAAACUUACAUAAGAAUGAGUUAUGCAAGAAUGAUAAUAACUAUAAACACAUUUUGUCAAUUUUUGCAGUAAAGAUUAAAAUAAAUAAAUCAUGAGGGUAAUAAAUUUGUAGUCAACAUUUGUCAAAAAAAUCUAAAUCUGUCAACCACUAAACAGAUAAUGAAUUAAAGGGAUAGUUCACCCAAAAAUGAAAAUUCCGUCAUCAUUUACUCACCUGCAGAAGUCCAUACAGGUUU